AUGGUAGUUAGUGCUUUAACAACUGACGACCCCAAGCAAUAUCAAUUGGAAGAAGGACAAGAGCGUUCUUUUAUUGAGAAGUCGUCGCAAAAUUCUGAAAGUGUUAAGAAUUUAGUGGACAAAUUAUUGACGUGGAUUAACAACGAACUAUCAGAACAUCGAAUUCUCGUGAGAGAAAUUCAAGAAGACUUAUACGACGGUCAACUUCUGCAGAAGUUAGUUGAAAAACUAGCAAAGAUAAAGCUAGAUCAUCCUGAGUUAACGCUGUCUGAGAUUGGACAGCUUCUACGCUUGCGUUCUUCACCUUCAUUAACCUGUGCAUUAAGUACAAAUGGACAUCCAAUGAAUGAUAAAGAUUUAUUAUCAUUUUUAUUCAGUACAGUUUUAACUUACAUGGUACCAUGUAUUUUAUUAGUCUUUAUUAAUUUAAUACUACUUAUUAAAUUAAUUAGUAUCAAGUCAAAACGACGUAUAUUAUGUAAAACAAUGAAUAAAAAUAUACAAGUUAUUAAUUGGUAUAAUACUACUACUAAUACUAAUACUACUAAUAAUAAUGAUCAAAUCAAUUUAUCAUCAAAUGAAUUGAUUUCAAUGAAUCCAAUCACACCGCCACCACCACCGUCACUACCACCAGCAUUAACAACAACAAGGACAUCAUCAUCAGUUGUCAUAGCAACAAAUGAACAAGAAAAUUCAUUGACAUCUACAAUAACAACUAUAUUACAACGUCGUCGUCAUACAAUCACAGAAGAUCGUAAAGAAAUUGGUCGGAUUGUUGCAUUAUUAUUAUUAUCAUUUUUUUAUUUAUGUUUUACAUUUCCAGUUAGUAUUAGUUUAACUAUAAGAGCUAAUUUAAAUUAUAAACAUUCAAAUUGUUUACAUUUAUUAUAUGCACAUUUAUCACGUUUAUUAACAUCUAUUAAAGAUAUUAAUUAUGCAUUAAAUGGUUAUACAUAUGCUGUAUUCUUUCAAUUUUAUCGUACGAAAUUAUUGAAAAUUUUAACAUGUAAAUGUACUACUACUUCUAAUCAUACUACUCAUACUUAUACUAAUACUACUAUUAAUAAGAACAUUCAUAAACAUCCUUAUCGUUAUCGUCAAAGCAAAACAGAGAAUUCAAAAUACACUGAUGAAUAAUAUACAACAUAGAUGAUAUGGACCAUGAAGAGAGGGGUGUGUGUGUGUAAGAGAGGGGGAGAGAGCGUAAAAAAAAGAAAAAAACAUACAUUUUUCACAUUCCUUUAUGUUACAUUUUUUUUUAAAAAUUUUCAUUCGUUUCCUCACAAACUUCCACAUCAUUAUUUUGAUUAUUCCAUAAUGAAGUGAACAACAACAAUCAUAAUAACAAAAGAGACAAUGCACAGUCCUCUUUUUCUUCUUCUUCAGUUUCUAGGCAUAAUGACAUCAUUAAUCACAUGAAUUUCAUAUUUAUUAUAAAGAGAAGAAAAAAAGAAUUUACUUAUUUAAUGCAUUUCAUAUUGUGUCUCAUAUUUUUUUUCAUGAUGUUAUGAUUAUUAUUUUGUUUGUUUAUUUUGUUUUUCUUUUCAACAUUACUGCGCAGCA